CCUAAUGAAAAAAAAAAGAAGGUAAAAUGUCGUUUGCUUCUUUCUCUUUAUCACGAAUCUCUCCAGUUCAGCUCCAUCGAUUCUUUUCGGUGAACCAAAUCCAGAAUAAUUUUCAAGUUUCUCUCCAUCAAUUUUUUUUUUUAAUUCUUAAAUCAAGCUUUAUACUUUGUUGGUGUUUCUGAGCGAGAGCUUGCUGUUGAUGGUGUUUUAUUUCAUAAGCCCCAUCGUUUGAGGUUUGAUUUAUAACACCAUUUGUUUUCUUGGACUACAGAACAAGCGUGGUGGAAGGGAUAGCCAUGGAGCUUGCUCUCUCAUUGGAGAAGCUACUAGGUGGGGAAGGUUAUUACAUAGGACAAGGAAAAUUUGGAACAACGUUUCUAUGCAUGGAUAAGUAGACAGGUAAAGAGCUCGCUUGCAAAACGAUAGCCAAGAGGGAACUAACGACGCCUGAGGAUGUUGAAGAUGUGAGAAGAGAGAUUUAGAUAAUGCAUCAUCUGUCUAGUCAUCCAAAACGUAAUUCAGAUCGUUGGUGCGUAUGAGGAUGCAGUAGCUGUUCAUGUUGUGAUGGAGAUUUGUGCAGGUGGAGAGUUAUUUGAUAGGAUUAUACAGAUAGGUUACUAUACAGAGAGAAAAGCUGCUGAGCUUGCUAGGAUCGUUGUUGGUUUUAUAGAAGCUUGUCAUUCUCUUGGUGUGAUGCACAGUGAUCUUAAACAUGAGAAUUUUUCUUGUUUGUAAGUUGAGACGAAGAAGCUGCUCUCAAGUCUAUUGAUUUUGGUCUCUCUGUUUUCUUUAAACCAGGAGAAACAUUCACUGAUGUAGUUGGGAGUCCUUAUUAUGUGGCUCCAGAAGUUUUAUACUUCAUUUGGCCGUAGUCCUUAAUACCUCAUGUGGCCGUAGUUGUUUUCAUUUGCAGGGUAUAUUCCUUAAUACUUCAUUUGCAGGGUAUAGUCAUUUGGCCGUAGUUGUUUUCGUAUCCUUUUUUUUUUUUUUACUUUGACAACUAAAAAAGGUUUAUUCUUUUUGGCUAGUGUUGAUGUGAUUUUCUCAGGAGAAACAUACCCUGACUCUUGGAUUGAAAAGGAGGCAAGGAAGAAAUGAUUUUGCAACACAUUCGGGUCUGCAUAUUAGUAUUGAGAAGUCCACUAUAUACACUGCUGGUGUCCCUCCACUCCUCAAAGAUGAGAUUCUCCAUGAAUUCCCGUUUGCUUCUGGUUCUUUACCAGUUCGAUAUUUGGGUUUGCCACUUCUGCCACGAAGGAUGACCUCAGGAGACUAUCUCCCUCUCAUUGAAAAGAUUCGCAUGCGAAUAGCCUCCUGGACAGCUAGAAUGCUUUCCUUUGCAGGUCGAUUACAGUUAAUUAGUUCUGUGCUUUUUAGUUUGACAAAUUUCUGGAUAUCAGCUUUUAGACUCCCUAAAGCUUGUAUCAAGGAGAUUGAUCGAUUAUGUUCAGCUUUCUUGUGGUCUGGACCCUCUUUGAACACAAAGAAAGCUAAAGUUGCCUGGUCAGAGGUCUGCUUACCAAAGAGUGAGGGAGGCUUGGGGCUACGGUCACUCGAGGAAGCAAAUAAGCGGAGACGUAGACACCGUUUCCCUUUGUUCGUUGCAAUAGAGGAGGCAAUACAGAAGCAGCAACUCAGUCGCUCUGACGAUGUGUAUGACAUACCACUAUGGAAAGGGAAAAACGAUUGCUACCGCAAAAGUUUCUCCACCAAAGACACUUGGUUCCACAUACACGCAACACACCCGCAACUGCCUGACUACAAAGCAAUCUGGUUCACACAUGCUACUCCAAAGUACGCCUUCCUUCUCUGGCUGGUAGUCAAAAAUAGAGUCGCAACAGGUGACAAACUGCAGCAAUGGAAUCCUCAGGCAAUCGCAAGCUGUAUCCUCUGCAAUCAUCUGCAAGAGACAACAGAGCACCUUUUUUUCCAAUGUUCAUACUCAAAGCUGGUGUGGGAAGGUUUAAUACAAAAGCUACUUGCUGAUAAUUACACAAGCCAUUGGAGGGAGGUCAUCACUCUACUUACUGGCAACGCUUUGGACAAAUCACAAAAGUUCAUACUCGGUUAUGCUUUCCAAGCAGCCAUUCACUCGCUCUGGAGAGAAAGAAACGGACGACGACAUGGAGAAAGCUCACUAACACCAGAGCACUUGAUCAAGCUUAUAGACAAGAAUGUUCGAAACAGACUUAGCACCCUACCAGGCGGCCAAGACAAACUCAUCCAAAUUUGGUUUGCAGCAAGAUUCUACUAAAUGAAUUUUUAAAGUUUUCAACUAUUUUUAAAGUGUUUCCACAAAAUUUUUUUGU